CACAAAGUUACCCAGCCAGGUGACAGCGGAGCCAGCAGGGAAAGAGCACGGGUUAUACUCACUGUUCGCUAAGAAAUCGACUCCAUAACGAUACGCAACCAAAUUAAAGUCGACUAUACAAUACCAUCCACUUAAAUAUUGCGUUUACUGCGUGCUUUUGCAUGCACGCAAUCUGACAGCCUCUUUUCCGUUAGCAGUUACAGCGUAACCAGCUAGCAGUUCGAGGACGCUCGCACCGCUAGCCUCUGUCUGACGUUAGAGAAGGCUCAACGCUUGUUGUAUUUUUUAUUUAUUUAUUUUUUGUCCAGGUAGGGAUAGACAGCAAGCGCAGAGAUGUCAGAAGCGGUCGGGGAGGCGAAGCUGGAGGUGAAGCAGGCGAGCAAAGAGGUGAAGGAGAGCGAGAACGUAGCGGAAAAAUAUUCAGCUAUGACUGUGAGCAAAAACAGCGAAAUGAACAUGGGAGAUCUGUCUGCUGUCUUCAGCGCUGUGCCCACUCACAAACCAGUUAAAAAGCAAAUCCAGUUUGUGGAGGACAAGCAGGAGUUCAGCAGGUUCCCCACCAAGGCAGGCCGCCGCUCCCUGUCCCGCUCCAUCUCUCAGUCCUCCACAGACAGCUACAGCUCUGCUGCAUCCUAUACGGAUAGCUCUGACGAUGAGACCUCCCCACGGGACAAAACACAGGUCAACAGCAAGGGCAGCAGUGACUUCUGUGUCAAGAAUAUCAAGCAGGCUGAAUUUGGCAGGCGGGAGAUUGAGAUCGCAGAACAAGAUAUGUCGGCACUGAUCUCACUCAGGAAGAGAGCACAGAGUGAGAAACCAUUGGCAGGUGCCAAGAUUGUGGGUUGCACUCACAUCACCGCCCAGACUGCAGUGCUGAUUGAAACUCUGGUUGCUCUCGGGGCUCAGUGCCGCUGGACUGCAUGCAACAUAUACUCCACACAGAAUGAAGUAGCAGCUGCCCUGUCAGAGACGGGUGUGGCUGUAUUUGCCUGGAAGGGGGAGUCUGAAGAUGACUUCUGGUGGUGUAUUGAUCGCUGUGUCAACACUGAGGGCUGGCAGCCUAAUAUGAUCCUUGAUGAUGGAGGAGACUUGACACACUGGAUGUACAAGAAAUACCCCAAUGUAUUUAAGAAGAUCAGGGGAAUUGUAGAGGAGAGUGUCACUGGUGUUCACAGGCUGUAUCAGCUGUCUAAAGCUGGAAAACUCUGUGUGCCCGCAAUGAAUGUAAACGAUUCUGUGACAAAACAGAAGUUUGAUAACCUGUACUGCUGCAGAGAGUCCAUCUUGGAUGGCUUGAAGAGAACCACAGAUGUCAUGUUUGGAGGCAAACAGGUGGUCGUAUGUGGGUACGGUGAGGUUGGAAAAGGUUGUUGUGCUGCUCUGAAAGCAUUGGGAGCCAUUGUCUAUGUUACAGAGAUUGAUCCCAUCUGUGCCCUGCAGGCGUGCAUGGACGGAUUCAGAGUGGUCAAGCUUAACGAAGUAAUUCGCCUAGUGGAUGUCAUCAUCACAUGCACUGGAAAUAAGAAUGUGGUGACUAGGGACCAGCUGGACCGAAUGAAAAAUGGCUCCAUUGUCUGCAACAUGGGACACUCCAACACUGAGAUUGAUGUGGCAAGUCUGCGGACCCCUGAGCUGACCUGGGAGAGAGUCCGCUCUCAGGUGGAUCAUGUCAUCUGGCCUGAUGGCAAGAGAAUUAUCCUUCUGGCUGAGGGACGUCUGCUGAACCUCAGCUGUUCCACUGUCCCUACCUUUGUCUUGUCCAUCACAGCCACCACUCAGGCUUUGGCACUCAUAGAGUUGUACAACGCUCCAGAGGGACGCUACAAGCAAGACGUUUACUUGCUUCCCAAAAAGAUGGAUGAAUAUGUUGCUAGUCUGCAUCUGGCCACUUUUGAUGCCCACCUGACAGAGCUUAGUGAUGAGCAGGCAAAAUACCUGGGGCUGAAUAAGAAUGGCCCUUUCAAACCCAACUACUACAGGUAUUAGUCUGUCUCACCCGAGAACAACCGCACGUGGACAGUUCCUGAUAGUACCCGACCUCCAGGCAAAAGAAAGAUUUAUGUAUAUUGUAUUUUUUACUUUUUAUGGGAUGCGUAGCUCAUAUGUACUUGUAUUUUAGUGACCGCCAAGGGUUUUGCUGCUUUCCCCAUGGCACCCAAGCUGGAUAUGGAAAGUUAAGUGUAACUACAGUGCUCAGCUUAAAUGAGAUGGCACAUGCAAAAAAAGAUAUAAUUUUUAUUGCAUGCGUUUCCAUGCCAAACGACUGUGAGAAGAGGGUUGUUGUUGUUCUGAAAUAUUAGUUUUUAAACAUGUUAAGCCCACACUGAGCACUAGUUUUAUACAAUUGUUGUGUCAAAUCCCUCCAUAUAAUGCAAAAGAGCCACUUGAAAUGCCAAACCCAGGAGUCUCUGGAGCUUACUGCGCUGUUUAGGCACUUUUAGCUCCUUGUUUUGGUAUUCUCAUCAAUAUUGUGCUUAAAACUUUUUGCAGCCAUUUCCUGAAGAAAAAAAAAAGAUAAGUCAACAUUUGUAGAAAAUGUAAAGGUGAUUUUAAACUCCUGGUUGAUAGUUUUUUUUUGUUGUUUUUUUUUUAAACUCGGGAGUAGGUGGACCAAAUCAAAGCUAAAAGUAGAUAUUUGACAUAAUGUUUUGUUUUUUGUUGUGUUUUAUGAAACUUGCCAGUGAUUUGGCAUUAAUAGGAUAUUUCUAUAUGUCUGCUGAAUUGAGCAGGCAAUUGUUUGCUUACAGAUGAGCCAUAACAACCUGAUGAGCUGACUGUAAAUCAAAGCUUUGUUCCUGUGAGUUUGUUUCAGAGUAUUUUUUACUUUCCAGCGGUUAAAAACUGCUUGUGCUGCUUUAAACUUUUCUUCCUGCUUUGAUAUUGAAGCACUUAAUCACCUUAUACAUUCCAUACACAAUAUACAGAGGAAAUGUCUAGACCUAUUAUAGUAUUAUCACCUUUACUGCUGACCUUCACUGAGUAUAAAAAGAACAUAAGCACUUGUUGACCAUAACAAAUGUUAAGAGAGCUUGGCAUACAUUUUCUUGGAGAUAAAAAAAAAACAAAAAAAAACUUGUCCAUUUAUGAGGUUUUGGUGUCUGGUAAGAAUAAUAACUGUACCUCAGGGCAUUCAAAUAUCUCAGAUUAUUUGUAAAUAUAUUUUACCACAUCUGCACUAUCUAAUCUUAGGAUUCAUGUCUAAUCUGUCGGUCUUGAAACGAAUAGUUGAGAUGUAAUCAUGUCUGUGAUCUGUGUCAUUUGUCAGGUUGAGCUGUCCAGAAUUCUGCAGCUAUGUAAAGCUAGCUGAACAUUGUUACAUACAGUACAUUUAUACUCUACAUACAGCAGCCUCUGAUGAGCUACUCUCAUACUGCUGUGUCUUGUUGGAGUUGUCUCAGGACUCUGUUAAAGAAUGCUAACAACAGAAAAGCAACCAUCGUUUCUUAAAUGCUUAGAUGACUAGACAUGGAUGAACUUUGCUGUAUUAGCUUUACCUCCUGUUCUCUUGUUGUAUUAUAGUUAUUCUAAUCCAACACAAUGUGUUUGUUUCCAGAAGAUUUUGAUUAUUCGAAAGGCUUAGGCACUGUAUUGUGAGGCUUGUUAAAUGCAAAUUCUUUAUAUUCAUGUGUAAUAUUGUUUUUGAACAGUAGGCACUUGACUGAGUUGACUGACUCAUUUUUUGCCUCAACUACAUGUUACACAGAUAAACGUGUUCUUGCUGCACUCUUCAGCACUUUUCAUUGUGCUGUAUUAGAGGAUGGUGGGUGGACCUUACUGCUUUACAGUUGACAGUAUCACUAUCCCUCUCAAGUUUUUGUCACCUUUUUACCACUUUAAGGUAAUGUGCCACUUGUAUUGACUCAGUAUCCUGUUUCAUCACCUCUCCAAAAGCAUAAAGUUCACCUGCAUUUACAGUGACUGCAUAUUUCAGUUGUGCAGUAAUUUUGAAUUUUUAAGGAACAGGCUGUUUUGUUUUUCUCAGUCACUCCCGUUGUUUAUUGAAGAGUAGCCGACAGUGUGCUACUGUGAAGUGCUUUUCAUCCUUGCACUAACAGCUUUAAGGGCAUUACAGCCAAGGAGGACAUCAUUUUCAGUAAGAGGAGUGCUGCAACCAUGGUUACUGAUGAGUUGACAGUGCCUUGUAACUCACUUAGUAAUUUAUAUUCACAUGGACCAUCUGUGUUUUUUUUUCCAUGUUAUUGCUCAUCAUGGUUAUUACUCUGCAAUAUACAAUUAUAGCUAUGCAGGAAAGUAUCCUCAGCCUUUCUUCUGUAAAAUUCAGUGUUUCACAAAUUAUAUAAAUGGUAUGCUAAUAAUUACUGUAAACUGUUUCAAUAAGCAGCAUUUUACAUUCUGAUAUUUACCUUUUACAUUUUAAUGUUUUUUAUCUUUAUGUUACUACUUGUAAUAAUGGUACAUUUAAAUUCAUAAUGGCACUCGAAAACUGCUUCGCUUUGAUUAAUAGUGAUAGUCAUUUUAACCUAGUUGUUCCUCUGUUACAGAGACAAAUGAAUGUUAUAUUACUGGCACAAACACAUUGACUCUUGUUAAAUUGACGUUAAUCAGCAUACCACUGUGAUUUGAAAACUUUACAUUGUUACAUUUGAAUACAUGGUUCUCUACAUUAUAUAUUACCUGUAAUGUUUGGUUAUAUUUUCAACUGUAUGUGUAGUUUGUUUCAUAAUUUCAACUAUACACAGCCUGUUAAAUUUCUCUGCACCAUUUCCUUCAAUAAAUUGCAGUUUAAAUUUGAAAA